UUUGCAGAAAAAAGAUAUGGAAGUUUUAUGGUGCUCUGAAUUUAACUCGUACCUGACGGCGUAUCUGAAAUGAUAUUAUUUUUGGACAGACACUUCCAUAGAAGGAGAAAAGCAUUCGUCUAUCGUGAGCAAACUAAAUCAUGAGCAUCCUGCUGGAGUGAUGGAUUGCGCAUCUGAGGAUGACUCACUUUCAGCAGGAAAUGACACUUUUUGGGGUCUAAUUCUGUUUAUUUUCUCGACCUUUGACACAUGUCUGACAUUGGGGAAAAGCAGCUUUGUUAAUCCGCGCUGCUCGUGACUCAUUUAGUGUCCCAGGUCCGCCCCGUUCCAGCGGGACUGCAGGGACCACUUCAUUCUCGGAAUCACCGCCUCGGGACCGUAUGGAGACCAAGUCCUGCGUCUGGCGCGCAGCUCGCUGUCCUGGACCGGAUCCUAGAAUAAUUCAGAGCAUCAGACACUACCUCUGCCUCUGUGGGGACAUAAAACACGCGAAACAUGAGUCGAGGUGUCUCACAAACUCAAACGGGGAACUCCCUCACUGUGUCCAGGCUGUUACUCCGCUGAGCGCGCGCUCCUCCAAGCAUCCGUGAACAUGUCUGCGGGUCUGCCUCCGUCCAAAGCCCUCUACAUCGGGAUGGAGGUGGUGAUCGCGGUGUCCUCGGUCAUCGGGAAUGUGAUGGUGGUCUUGGCUGUGCGUAUAAACCGCUCUCUGAGGGAUACCACGUUUUGUUUCAUCGUCUCCCUGGCCUUGGCUGACAUUGCGGUCGGGGCUCUGGUUAUCCCCCUCGCCAUAACCAUCAGUAUCGGACUCAAGACGCACUUCUACAGUUGUCUGCUGGUCGCUUGCACGGUGCUCGUCCUUACACAAAGUUCUAUCUUGGCGCUGCUGGCCAUCGCCAUUGACCGCUAUCUGCGAGUCAAAAUCCCCAUGAGUUAUAAGCGGGUGGUGACCCCGUGGCGAGCUGGCACGGCUGUGUUACUGUGUUGGCUGGUGUCCAUUGUAGUGGGCCUCACGCCCAUGUUGGGCUGGAAUAACCUGCAGCAUCUCCGUGACAAUGGAUCCCUUAUCACUGAUGACCUCUUGGUGACCUGUGAGUUUGAGACGGUCAUCAGCAUGGACUACAUGGUCUACUUCAACUUUUUUGGCUGGGUGCUGCCGCCUCUACUCCUCAUGCUUGCCAUCUAUGUUGAGAUUUUCUAUAUGAUCCACAAACAGCUCAACAAGAAGGUAACAGCGAGCCACACAGAUCCCAGCCGCUACUUUGGCAAAGAGCUUAAGCUAGCCAAGUCUCUGGCCCUCGUUCUUUUCCUCUUCGCAGUCAGUUGGCUCCCCCUUCACAUCCUCAACUGCAUCACCCUCUUCUGCCCAUCCUGCGACAAGCCAAUGUUCCUCAUCUACAUCGCCAUCAUCCUCACCCACGGAAACUCAGCUGUCAACCCCAUCGUUUACGCUUUCCGUAUCAAGAAAUUUCGAACGGCAUUCAGGAAAAUCUGGAAACUGUACGUGCUCUGUCAGGAUCCAGUCGGUCGGCUCCCUCAAAGAGGGAGCCAGAGGGGACAGAGUCACGAGAGGAGGCUGAGGCAAAAUGAUGAUGAGGACGAUGAUGUGUGACCUUUGAAAACGUCUUGGAUUGUUGUGUAACUGUUAAUUUUUACUCCGCUGGUUUGCAGAGUGGAAAGGACUCAGCUAUUCUAAUGCUGACGGGAUUACAGAUUAUCAUAGCCUUAAGGGCUUGCUGAACAGCAGAGAGGUGAGGGAGAUGACAAAAACCCAUCAUGGACAGUUUGAUUUCCUCCGUCUUUCACAUAUGAAGCGGCAGGAUGACAAAUCAGCAUGAGGACGGGAUAAACAUCCCAAAUCAGAUAUUCUUUAAAACAUAAUUGUCAGCUUACUGACAAAAUGUCUUUGAUGUCGUACGGGAAAAGGGGCUUCUCAUCAGCUUCAACAUCUACCUGUUGAGCUUGAAUCAAUAGUAUAUAGCUGUAGCACACGUAGUACAGUCUUAGUGUAUGCUGUAUUGCAUUUUUACCUGAACUAAAACACAUUAACCUUUCCAUGUGGAUGAUUUCAAAUGGUUAAGUGUUGUAUCAUGUUUCUCAUUUACAAGCUUGUGGCCUGUGGCCUACAGGACAGAAUGUGUCAUGGAGAGGAACUAAGGCCUUCUGGUGUAUAACUCCGGUAAACCAGUGGUUGGAAGGCAGGAAGUUUGCGCAACCGCUUUGGGGUUAAGUGGUUAAGAGGUCUGUCUCUUACUGCAUGGGUAAGCAAUUGUUAUUUUGGCUUGGUAAAACCCAGGAUCUUUUUUUUAUGUCAAUGAUUUUUUUUAAAUAUUAGGUGCAUUUUAGGGAUUGUAAAGAUGGAUUUUAUCAUUACAUUGCUGAGGCUAUUUGUCCAACAGAAUGGCUUAUACUAGCUUAUAGUUGUAGCAAAAAAUCAUUAUGCUAAGAAACAGACAUACUUGAAGGUUAUCAUUAAAUGCCUGUGAAUAUGGAUAGUAGUAAAAAUCAAUGGACCUACCUGUAUUAACCAUACUACACAUGAUAUUUGAGGACUGUGAAUAGAUGUAAUGUUGUAGACCCUACAUCCAAUGAAAUUAAUUUGAUCUGGUUUAUAGUCUUUUAACUAAAAUGUUGAAUUGUGAAAUCAGGGCCAAUACCGAUGGAUAGAAUGACACAUUGAUCAAUACCGUUUCCUUACUUGCUUAGGUGUAAGACUCCCGAAAGGCCAUCUUUUUCCCUCAUGUUUGACCACAAAAACAGAUCCAAGAGAUCUGUUCUUUACCUGAUAAACUCUUUUAUAAAUCAGUAGUUUGUGUUUGUUGGCAGCAUUUAAAUGAUGCAGCACAGCAAAUAAACACUGGCGUCUCUUAAUGUCACAUUAUUUGCUGAUAGCCAGUGUUAGUCAACAGGGGAGAGGCAUCUCUUGAAGACCGCUACAAUGGGGUGACCUCCAUCCGAAGCUGAGCAGAACGUGACGCACUAACCGUAGUUGGGUUUUCCUUAGUUUGUGGUGUGUCAUUUCUAAUUUCAUCCCCUUGACCCUAACCCUAACCUUUAGGGUUCGGGUGCCUAACCUUAACCCUCUCUGGAUUUUUCUUAAUUUUUGGGGUGUUGAAUACAAAUUUAUCCCCCUCAGUAAAUUUUUUAUUUCUAUUCGUACAACUCUGCUGUUGUGAAAAAUAGCCACUUACCGUAACCUCUGAAAGCAAGUGGAAAAUAUACAUCAUUCUUUAUGUCAUUCUAGUUCUGGCUUGGGUAAUGUAGGUCACUUCCUGCCCCUUGGUUGAGGUCGCCCCAUUGUAGAUAUCUGCAACAGAUGAACCCAAAACACCCCACCAUGGAGGUCUGUAGCCGGAUCCUCUUGCAACAGGGACGAUAAUGCUGAUGCUUUAAAUAUUUGACCCUUAUUCAACACCACACAUUUCAAAAUCAUAUAAUCUCUGUUAUUUUAUUGUUAAUAGUGUAAAAAGCAAACUUUUAGAAACUCCAUCAUUAAAUUUAACUUUAAAAACUUUGUCCUGGGACAGGUACAGUACUGUGCAUAAUGUUUUCCCCGGGGUGCCAAGGCCCAGACAAAAGAGAUAUGGUUAACCUUUACCUUGGCUGCCAGUCGACAAGCGUGUGUGUUGGCUGACCUGGGUUGUGGCACAUCGGGCCCUGUUAUGAAACCUUUGCGCCACACAUGGCUAAAACUUAUGCACAUGACUGCACAUGUCAAAAUGUCUGAUUUUAUCUAAAAAACUCAGUGCAAAAUGACCUAAUAAUUAGUGCCUAGUAAGUCUACUUUUGUUGUGGUGGUUUCACAACAUGGAUCAGUUUUAUUUGAUUUUUACUUGCAUCAAAUCAAAGUUUAAAAUUCUGGUAUUGGGACAACCCUACUAUCCAAAACCCACAGGGGUUUCUGGUUACCUUUUUCUCUGCCCUCCUGAUUCUGUGUGAUAAGGUAUGCACCAAUGUGUCGCUCAUCCACUGUGUCAUUGUUACACUUCUAUUUUGAACAGUAUUUAUCUUUAGAAUAAGCAAGAUCUGAGAUGUGACUUUUGAGACUUUUAAUAUGUAACGAAUGUGACUAAUAUAUGUUUAAAUGUUAAUAGAAGCUGCUGUAAAACUCAUCUCACUGAGCAAACAGCUGUGACACAUCCUUUUACAGCUUUUGAUUGAGUGAGCAGAUUGGGGAAUAAGCCUGAUCUGAUUUUUCUAAAUACCACAAAUAACUGGAGAAAAAGUAAGAGAAAAAACUACAAACAUAUGGUGAAGCCUGCUUUAAAUUCACAAUGCUGUAUGAGCAUUAGCAGGCAAUGAUCACAAAUUACUUCACAUGUGACAGAAAUAGGAUCUUACUUUCUCUCUUCUUCAAAUCAAGGCUGAAGGCAUCAUUGGUGGGGGGCGUUUUUGUGAGCGCACAUCGAUCUUCUGUCAUGCAGCAAAAAAAAAAAAAAAAAAAAAAAAGACGAGGUUAGGUGGAGAUAGAAGUCUGAGAGGGAGAGGUGGAAAAGGUUAGAAGGAUUAUUCUGUUUACAAGGGGGAACCAGACAGCACGAGUGCAGCUGAAGAACCCAUCAAGAGUUUUCAUCUCUGACGAGGUCAACGUGGAGGCCACCCUGAUGCCUUCUCUCCAAGUAAAUGGGCCUUUCAGUGUGAUCUUCUUGGUCUCUGUCUUAACCUGCUGACAUGCUGUGUGCUACAACAUAUACACACAGUUGAUGCUGUAUGUGCUCUGUGUUUCCAAUGCUGCUCCUGCAAUAACACGUCUGUGUGAUUCUUCUCUCUCUUUGUGCUCAAGCGAAAAGCUUUUAAAGCCACUAUGUGUAGGACUGGUCCGAGAUAUUAAAGUGUACUCAAAUUAAUAUUAUAAUAUGUUUUUAAUCUGUUUAGAAGUGACAAGUAAGAUGACAGUGAAGGUCAGGCUCAUGUUUGCUUGGUGAAUGAUGAUAGAAGUAUUAGAUUAUGACUGUGUUCAAAAUCUCAUACUAUCCACUGGAUACCAAAUAUACGUACUAUCAUAAAGCAUAAUUUGUGUGUGACAAAAAAAAUAGAAGGCAUGUUUGUGAUUGCCUCUCUGCAGGGUAGAGAUAUUAAGCUUGGUAAUCCCUUUAUAGUCAAAUCAGUGCAUUUACAUACUGUCAUAUAUAGAGAUAAUACAUUAACCCCAAUAUAUUUCUGCUACCUAAAGCUCCUGGGGAACUUCAAGUUUGUUGUGAUUUUGGCGCCCCCUGUGGACUACGUGUUUUCUUUGCUGUCCUGCCCUGUAGAUUUUUUUUAUUGCCUAUUCUGCUUUCUUUAAGUCAAAUUUAUCACUCAUUCUGAAUCUUUGUCAUGUAAAAUGUCAAAAACAACGGUUUCAGCAGCCUGCUGUCAAUCUCUGAUCCAGACACAUUCAAAUGGUGACAGUUUUUCGCUUUAUGGAGCCCCAUAUGAUCGAAUCAUUUUCUUUUGUAAGUUAGUAUGUGGCCCAAGUAUUUAAUUUUCACAACAGACAGCAGAGGGAAAACAGGUUACAAAGGUCACAGUUCACUUCAUUCACUUUAUGGAAAAAAAAAUAUUUGGCCGCCUGACUAUUACACCAACAGGGACUGUUAAUAACCUCCAUUAUACUUGGAAGGUUUUCCUGCAGAUUUUGGUGUGUUUUGUGGGAAUUUGUACCCACUCAUUCUGUAGAGCAAUUAUGAAGUCAGGCACUGAUAUUGGACAAGAAGAACUGGCUCCCAAUCUUCAAUUCAGCACAUCUCAAAGGUUCUCGAUGGGGUUGAGGUCAAGGAUCAGUGUGGGCCAGUCAAGUUCUUCCACACUGCAGUCAUGUAACCAUGUCUUUAUUUUCUUGCUUUAGGCACUGGGGCAAAGUCAUAGUUGAACAGAAAAGGGCCUUCCCCAAACUGUUGCCAAAAAGUUGGAAGCAUAGCAUUGUCCAAAAUGUCCUGGUAUGCUGAGGCAUUAAGGCUGGCCUUCACUGAAGAUAAGGGGCCUAGCCCAAACCCUGGUAAACAGCCUCUUACCAUUUGCCUUCCUUCAAACUUCUCUGUUGGCACAAUUUUUGUGCCUACAUUUGUGCCAGAUGAAGUACAGGACUCUUCAGCCAGGAAAUUAGCAGAGCUUUGGUGACAUUACACACAACUUUGGUGACAUGACACCGCUGCUCUUCUGCUUUUUGGCUGAGUCGCUGUUGUUCCUGAACGCUUCCACUUUCCAAUAAUAUCACUUACAGUUAUCUAGCAGGGAUUAAAGUUCAGGGAGCUUCUUAUUGCAAAGGUGGCACCCAUCACAGUGCCAAGCUUAAAGUCACCGAGCCUUUUCAGAACAAUCCAUGUAGGAUCACAAAUGUUUGCAAACGUAGACUGCAUGGCUAGGUGCCUGGUUUUAUACAAGUAGGAAAUAUUAAAUAGCCAGUACAGUUGCUGGAAUGGAUGGGGCGUUACAACAGAGCCCGCUUAAAUACAUAUUCACAGCCUGUGUUUUCUACUGCAUAUUCCUGAAUAGCCCUCAAAAUAUAUUAACAAUGGGAAUGUCUUCUGCCCUCUCUGGUUUCACAUCCAGAGGCUUUUUCAGUGCAGAAAAUCUAAGGCAAGGGCUAAGAAGCCAGCAGGUAUCAUAGCUCUGCUGCUUUUCCAACUGAAUGUUAACUUCUCUUCAUGUGUUUUGUUGUACCUGCUCCCUCCUUUUCUUUGUUAUUUGUCUAACAGAGCAACAGUUAUGAGUGUUACUACCACCAAGGUUAGUGUUUGAAUAAAGCCACAUUUAGUUGCAGUUUUUUUCCAUUCAAGCCUGUUCACCGAGUGACAAGUGACCAUGACAGGGAAAAAUACAGAUAUCGUUACAGACGGAUAAAAACUCCUCACUGGAGCUUUAUAUUGAAGAUUUACUGUCAAAGAGUUGCGUUGAUAGUUCUCAGAGGUUGUUUUUCACCUUUAUUACUGCAAUGCAGUUUGGGACAUUAUGCAGAGAAAGCUUUUUUUAAGUAUCCAAAUAUGCGCUUCCUUUCAUAUGAAAGCUUUGGAUUAACAACAGACUCGAAAACUGGAUUAACAGCAGUAAGUAUGGAGUUUUGAACACAGCUUAGUUCUCAUACAGUGUUAUUUCUGGUCAUACCACUAGGGGCACCAAAGUCUGACAUUUGAAAUUCUAGACAUAGUGGCUUUAAGUGUUGAUCUGUUUACUUCUGAAUCUAUGUAAUAAACAGGAUCCGUGCAAUAUUCCCAGAUGUACAUUAAUAAUAAUGAUAAUAUGAAAAUUAAAUCUGUAGAUUAGAAAUUGUGGAUGUGUACACUAUUAAUCUGAACAGAGUACUGGAGCCUCAAAAUAGUAGGUACUGUUAUAAAAGUAUGUUUUGUUUAUCUCGAAUUAUGACAGAAAAUGAAUAAAAAAGUCAACUGAUAGUCAUCUCAGAAAUCUGAUGCUUAUUGGCUGAAUCUUUGUUGUUUUAUUUGCUGCGCUGUUGGAAAAUAAUUUUCCAUCAAACACAUACAAAAUGAAAUAAAGUUUCU